AUGUUACAUAGGCAGCAAGAGCCUAUUUUCAAAGCCUGUCAACCUACUACAAACGUCAUGUUUCUCAAGACACACAAAACUGCUAGCAGCACUAUCCUGAAUAUCCUCUUCCGUUUCUCGGAGAAGCACAACCUCACGGUGGCUCUUCCAAAUGGGAACGGCUUCCACCUGGGCUACCCUCAGCUCUUCAGAACAGCCUUUGUUGAGGAGUUCAAAAGCAUUGGACAAAACUUCAAUGUCAUGUGCAACCACUUGAGGUUUAAUGCCCAAGAGGUAAGAAGAGUGAUGCCAAAUGACACCUUCUAUUUUUCUAUCCUGAGAGACCCAGCUUCCUGGUUGGAAUCUUCCUAUGUUUAUUACAAAAGUGUUGCACCGGCUUUUAGAAACUCCAAGAAUGUGAAUGAGUUUCUUGCAUCUCCGUGGUCUUACUACAAUCUCAGUGAAAAGAAUUGGAACAUCUAUGCCAAAAACCACAUGUGGUUUGACUUGGGCUAUGACAACAAUGCAGUGUAUGAUGAGUACUAUGUGCAGUCAGUAAUACAGGAUGUUGAGCAGAAUUUCCAUUUGAUGCUAAUUGCUGACUACUUUGACGAGUCCAUGAUCCUCCUGAAGGAGACUUUAUGCUGGGAUUUGGAUGAUGUGGUCUAUUUCAAGCUGAAUGCCAGGAGCCAAAGCACUGUUCAGGCAAUGAGUCCAGAAAGUAGAGAAAAGGCAAAAGAGUGGUGUACUUUGGACUGGAAACUUUACCAGCACUUCAAUGACACCUUCUGGGUUAAGAUUCAGGAGAGGAUGGACCUUAAGACUUUGUACAAAGAAGUUGAGCGUCUACAGAAGAGACAGAACGAGCUGAUGGAAAUGUGCCUUUCAGAGGAAGCUGCAGUUGAGGGAAACAAAAUCAAAGACCGUCGCCUAAAGCCUUUCCAGUCAGGGGGUGCUAAAAUAUUAGGCUAUAACCUCAAACAAGAUUUGGCCAAUGAAACCUUCGCAGUCUGCAAAAAGAUGAUUGUACCUGAGCUUCAGUAUAUGGCAUACAUGUACAGUCGCCAGUUCCCAGACAAAAACAGAAAACCCAUAGACUUUAAAUAAGAUCUAAUCAUAACGAAAUGCCAUCCUAUCAAAUCUCAACAGAUCUCAAUCUUAUGAUAUGGAAGGCUUUGCUUUCUGACCUGAUCCAAAAAUCUGAUCUCUCUUUCUUUCUGUGCCAUUCUUUCUACAUGUAUAUGACAUUGUCAUGAUAUGACAUCCCGAUCAGAUGUUGCUGACAUUCCCAGAACAAUUAGUAAGCAAACAGUGAUCCACGUAAAUGAGAAUUAUGUAACCAAGAGUGGGUGACUGUGGUGGUCCAGGGCCCAGACUCCUGCCCUUGGUGUCCUCCAGAGGCUGCAUAUAGUGGGCAAAAUAUUGUGGGCAACCAAUGAGGUUUGGUUUCAAGACAGACAUCCCUGCUGCCCACUGCU